AUGACAGAGGCUGACUUAGAGCCAAAGAUGGACUUUACAGAUUCAACCAAAGAAGAGGUGGACCAAAUCGGUAUCAAUCUAAAUAAAUAUGACUCUCUAGAAAAUUUAUCACUUGAAGAGGGACAACUCAAGAGGAGAUUUUCUACUUGGUCAGUUUUAGGCAUUGGAUUCGGUUUGACUAAUUCUUGGUUUGGAAUAUCUGCAUCACUCAUUACAGGGAUCCAGUCAGGUGGUCCCAUGCUAAUCGUAUAUGGUAUUAUUAUCAUAGCAGCUGUAUCUUAUUGUAUUGGAAUUACCUUAUCAGAACUCUCUUCAGCAAUUCCCUCAGCUGGAGGACAAUAUGUCUGGUCUAGGGUCUUGGCUCCAAAAAAGCAUUCCAGUUUUUUUGCCUAUUUAUGUGGCUCAUUUGCUUGGGCUGGUUCCAUUUUCACUAGUGCAUCAAUGGCCCUCUCAAUUGCAAAUGAAUUGAUGGGGUUCUGGGUUCUCACUCACCCUAAUCAUAUCAUCCAAAAAUGGCAACUUUUUGUCAUCUACCAAAUCAUUAAUUUGUUCUUAGUCCUCUUUAACUGUUAUGGUAAACUUUUACCGUAUGUUGCCAAUGGUGCAUUGUAUAUCUCAUUGUUUUCGUACGUAGUCAUCACCAUCACCGUGUUGGCUUGUUCGCGAGGUAAUUACAGAUCUGCUCUGUUUGUAUUUACAGAGUUUGAAAAUAACACGGGCUGGACCACUUCUGGUAUUGCAUUUAUUGUCGGUUUAGUUAAUCCAAAUUGGUCAUUUAGUUGCUUGGAUUCUGCGUGUCAUUUAGCGGAGGAAACAAUCAAACCGAGAACAGAUAUUCCAAAAGCUAUUAUGGGAACUGUGACAAUAGGAUUUAUAACGUCAUUUACAUAUUCUAUUGCAAUGUUCUUUUCAACGCAUAAUUUAGAUGCUAUUUUUAAUUCUACUACGGGCAUGCCAAUCCUUGAUAUCUACUAUCAGGCAUUGGGAAAUAAAGCUGGUGCGGUCUGUUUAGGUGUAUUGAUAUUUCUCACUGCUUGUGGGUGUACAAUUUCAUCACACACUUGGCAAACAAGAUUGUGCUGGUCAUUUGCUAGAGACAAUGGAUUGCCAUUUUCCAAGUAUUUAUCAAUUGUUGAUCCAAAAUUAGGAAUUCCCUUAAAUGCCCAUCUUUUCUCGUCUUUCUGGGUUGCAGUAUUAGGAUGUCUUUACUUGAUCUCUGAUGCUGCUUUCAAUUCCAUGGUGGUCGGCUGCAUCACGUUUUUACUAUUAAGUUAUUUUGUUCCAACGGGCUGCUUGUUGUACAGGGGUAGAAAUAAUAUUAAACAUGGACCAUUUUGGCUCGGAAAAAUUGGCCUCUUUGCAAAUAUUAUGACAUGCUCAUGGGCCAUCUUUGCGUUGGUCUUCUUUUCGUUCCCAUCGUUCAUGCCAGUAACAAGAGGUACAAUGAACUAUGUUUCAGUAGUAAUCGUAAUUUACCUAGUUUGGGCAUUAGGAUACUGGUGGUUUCCUAUUAAAAAAUGGGGUUGCAGGGAGAAAUUUGCCGGUGGUUUGAAUAAUAGUGAAGAGCUAGAAUUCCCUGACGUCUGUUUAACAAAAAUUUAA